GCCAACCUUCCUUGUUUUGCAUCGCUUGAAAUUCGGGGCGCCGGCGCUUCCAAUUGGAACCACCAAUUCCAAACCCUAUUUUAUCUCCUCCUUGUCUCAAAAUAUCCGGACCUGUACCCUAAAGGCUGAAACAUAUUUGAUAUUUCCCCCAUUUCUAUUGCACAAUGAAGAAGGGUGGUACUAAGAGGAAAAGGAACGAAUCCAAAAAGCCCGCUGAGUUGGACGAAACAAAUAAUGAUGCACUAGUUCAAGAAAUACCUAAUAAGGAGGAUGAGGAAAGAAAUCCUGCAGAGGGAACCGGGGCAAGUAAGAAUGCACGAAAAUCCCGUGGAAGAGCUAAACUUUCGAUACCUGAAGCUGAACCCGAGUACUUUCUUGAAAAACGCAAUUUGGAAGACCUAUGGCAACAAGCUUUCCCAGUUGGGACAGAGUGGGACCUGUUGGAUAAAGUUUAUCAGUACAAAUGGGAUUUCUCCAAUCUUGAAAAAGAAUUUGAAGAAGGUGGAGAGCUGUACCAGAAGAGAGUCUAUCUGUUUGGCUGUUCGGAGCCUCAAUUUGUCUCCUUCAAGGAUGAAUCUAAAGUAACAUAUGUACCCGCAAUUGUUGUUGUGAUAGCUCCUUUUCAACCAUCUGAUAAAAUUGGAAUCAAAUCAGUCCAAAGAGUGGAUGAGGAAAUAGUUCCCAUGAAACACAUGAAGAUGGAGUGGAUUCCUUACAUCCCCUUAGAAGAUAGAGGUUCUAUGGUUGAAAGGCUAAAAUCACAAAUUUUUAUCUUGAGUUGUGCACAGAGAAGGUCUAGCUUAAAACAUCUGAAAGAAGAACGCAUUAAGAAAUAUGAGUAUUGCCUCCCUUAUCUAUAUAAUCCAUUCAAGGAAGAUGAAGUUGAACAAAGCACAAUUGUGGAUAUCAUGUUUCCUGCUGAACCAAAACCCGUAUUCUGUGAAUUUGACUGGGAGCUUGAUGAACUUGAGGAAUUUACGGAUAAUCUUGUUGAGUCUGAAGAGUUAACUGAGGAUCAAAAAGAUCCCUUUAAGGAAUUUGUGAAGGAGAAGGUUAGGGAAACAAAGAAGGCUAAUCGUGAGGUUAGAGAUGCUCGUAAAAAAGCAUUGGAAGAAAUGAGUGAGGAGAAAAAGACUGCAUUCCAGAAUAUGAGGUUUCUCAAGUUUUAUCCUGUAACAACUCCUGAUGCCCCUGAUAUAAGCGGGGUUAAGUCUCCGUUUAUAAACAGGUACUAUGGAAAAGCUCAUAAAGUUCUGUGAAAAGGAACUGUGAAAAGGAACUCCGGUUAUGGUGAGUCGAGCUCUCUGUAUACACAGACGGUGUAAUGAAACCGAAUCAGGUAGUAGAUAAACUUUUGUUUGUAAACUGAGGUGUAGAAUAGAUUUCUGGAUAACCUAGCUAAAGCUAAAGAAUGAAGUCAGAAAGGAAUGAAGAGUUGUAAUGAUUAUUCAAUUUUAGGUAUGUUUUUUGAUCCUCCAAUUGGAUUGGAUUGAUUCUUCUUAGAUGAAGAAGAGUUAUCAGAAUUUCACUACUUGUUAAGUGGCUCCAA